AUGUACUCUUCCUCCGCUGCCACGAAGGCUAAGCGCCGCACGCACGCGCGCCCAGAGCUCAGCGAGGAGCAAAAGCAGGAGAUCAAGGAGGCGUUCGAGCUGUUCGACACGGACAAGGACGGAUGCGUGGACUACCACGAGCUGAAGGUGGCCAUGCGCGCGCUCGGGUUCGACUUGAAGAAGGCGGAGGUACUGAAGGUGCUCCGGGACCACGAUAAGACGGGCCACGGGCUCAUGGAGUUUGAGGAUUUCGCGAAAAUCAUGAGCGAGCGGAUACUGGCGCGCGACCCGAUGGAGGAAAUCCGGCGCGCGUUCCAGCUGUUCGACGACGACAACACGGGGAAGAUCAGCCUGCGGAAUCUGCGGCGCGUGGCCAAAGAGAUUGGCGACCGACUCGAGGACGACGAGCUACAAGCGAUGAUCGACGAGUUUGACCUCGACCAGGACGGGGAGAUCAACGAGCAGGAGUUCUUCGCUAUCAUGACCGACGACGCAUAG